AUGAGCCUCAACUUAUCCCACACUUCCGGUUAUGAUUCGGUGCCUGUACUCACUCCUACCAUGGAGGAGAUGGCUGACUUUCAAGGUUAUAUCGACAGAGUAGUCGAUCCGGCCUGCUCCUAUGGUGGUAUUUGUAAAGUCAUACCUCCCAAGGAAUGGAAACCUCAUCACUUUACUAUGGACCAAAUUGAUUUCGAAAUUGCAACUCCAGUGAAGCAGUUUGUGGAUGGAGUGAAGGGAAUCUUUCAAUUGUACUUGGAAGAAUCAAAACCAACCACAUUCAAGAAGUGGCCCAAAGUUGUUACCGAGAAAGCACCACCUCUUCCGAGCUUAACAACCUUGGAGGAACAGGUGGACUGGAUGGAAAGAAAAGUAUGGAAGAAUGUUGCCUUCCAAGCUCCACUUUAUGGAAGCGAUUUAUAUGGUACAUUGUUUGUAGAUCCAAAGACACCAUGGAAUUUGAAUACUUUAGAUUCAGUCUUAUCUAGGAUUUUAAAGAAGCAAGGAAUCACAUUGCCAGGAAUUAACUCACCCUAUCUGUAUGUGGGAUCGUACAAAUCAUUUUUCGCUUGGCACUGUGAAGAUUUAGAUCUAUACAGCAUUAAUUAUAUGCAUUUUGGAAGCCCUAAGGUUUGGUACACGAUUCCAUUCCCUUACAAGACCAAGUUUGAAGAGUUAGUCAAAAAAACAUUUCCUGAGCAAUUCAAACAGUGCUCUCAGUUCUUGAGACACAAGACAACCUUGAUUUCUCCUUUCACGUUGAAAGAGCAUGGUAUUAAGGUUACUCGUGUGACACAAUUACCUGGAGAGUUUAUAAUCACGCUUCCAGGAAGCUAUCAUCAAGGCUUUAACUGGGAUAUCAAUGUAAACGAGGCAGUUAACUUUGCAACAAAACGUUGGCUGCCCAUUGGAAAAGUUUGUGAGCGAUGUCAAUGUGAUCCUGACACGGUAAGAAUCAAUCUCGAUGUUCCACUAGAUGACAUUGAUGUUGAUCCAUUGAGCUGUUCGACUACGGAUCUUAAUGUUGCUCCUUUUGACACCUCCACCAAUCAAUUCUCGAUUAGCAAUGCUGCCGAAUCAUACCGUGCCUUACUUUUGCAUAAUGACCUUGGUAUAGUACCCCACCAACUACAACCUUCAGAUCAAGCAAUCAUUUCUAAAUAUUAUGAUGAAAUUAAUGCAUCCUAUAACUAUCCUUAUAAUAACCAUACGAAGGUUUAUACAAAUCAAGAGAUCGAAGAUCCUAAUGUUGUUAAAUCCGAGUUUGAAUUACCUGAUCAAAUGAAGGUUGUUUCUCACAAUCCCAAGUGCUUAACCAUACGAAUAACUACAGCACCCUCUGAACAGCCUCUUGAAGAGGAAGAACUUGAUGACGAAGAAUAUACACCAACAAGAAAGAAAAAGAGAAAUAGUAAAUCAACAUCGAGCAAGAAGAAACUUAAAAAAGGAGCAUCCGGUCCUGUGGGCAUUGUUAAAAAGGAAAGAACAUCAUCAUCAGUAGGCCAAGUGCCUUGUGAUAAUGCCAUCAUUAAGAGUCAACAUCAUCCGCUUAACGCUAAAUUCUUUGCUAGGGCUAGGUUAUUAAGGAAAUAA